UCAUGCUGCUGCCAGGUCCAGAGUCUCUCAUGGGUCCCUGUACGGCCUCCCAUUGCUGCUGUCUCCAUCGCCACACUCUGCCAUGUGCCACUUUCAGGUCUCCUCACACUGCUGGUGUGUUCCAUUUUUUGUCAUAGGGUGCUGGCAGAUUACGGGCCUCCCAUAGCUGCUGCCAGGCCCCUAAUCUGCCAUGGGCCCCUAUACCGCCUCCUCAUGCUGCUGCUGCCAAGUCCAGAGUCUGUCAUGGGUCCCUGUACGGCCUCCCAUUGCUGCUGUCUCCAUCGCCACACUCUGCCAUGUGCCACUUUCAGGUCUCCUCACACUGCUGGUGUGUUGAAUUUUUUG